AUGGAACGUGUUGGUCUUAGACUCCGAUAUUGCCUGCCUUUACUGGUCUGCUUUUUUCGUUGUCUUCAUACCUCGCAAGGUUAUAACAAAGUCCGGAUCUUUUCAAACAAAGGUCUCUAUCGAGAGUCCUCAGACGAAAUGUGGAUGAUGAAUAUAGUGGAAGAAACGUUUUCCUAUUUAAACAUCAGCAAGAUCAAUUCGGCUGAGGUUCAAAACAACGGCGAGUGUGCGUUUGCCUGCCUAAAUGAACCCAUGUGUUUUUCAUACAACUUAGAGGCAAGUGCCUCCAAAACAGGAACACGCGUAUGUGAGCUGCUGCCAUCGGAUAAGUACAACAACUCGGACAAAGUCAUCAUCAGCCAGAAGUUUCAUCAUUACAGUAUUCAGACACCUUGCAGCAGAGGACCCUGUCAAAACUAUGGCAUUUGCGUGCCGCAGUACGAGAAAAACAGUUAUGUGUGCGUUUGCAAAAUUGGAUUUGAGGGAAAAGAUUGCGAAAGAGAUAUCAACCACUGCGAGAAAGAUUCAUGUCUUAACGGUGGAACUUGUAUCAAUGGAGUCGUUAGCUUCGAGUGCCGAUGUUUAAAGGGAUUUUCUGGAAAGCGAUGUGAAUCAGGAUUUAUUUGUUGA